AUAGGCAUAUCUCGAUAGCAACAAAACCACUAAAAUCUUUAAAACCACUUAAUUUAAAUAGAAAUGACUACAAAACUAAUGUUAAAUGCGCUCAGAACACUAAGAGUGAGUGUCCCCAACAAAUGGCAAGUGCCCGCUUUGACCACAGUGCGGCAUUACGCUGCGCCACCCAAAAGAUUCUACAAGAAGACAUCUGUGCUGUGCACCGACGGCGGCUACGAGGUGGUGCUGGAUCACAGAAAGCUCAAGACACCAAAGGGCGCACCAUUCACCGUCAAGAGCGAGCCUCUAGCCAUUGCCGUGGCCACGGAAUUCGAUUGUCAAAAGGAGCACAUCGAGCGAUCGCGCAUGCACUUGUCGGCGCUGUGCUUCACAGCCAUUGAUAAUCCCAAUAAUCUGAACAAACUGGACAUGGUCAACUAUCUGCUGAACUACAUGCCCACCGAUACGGUGCUGUUUCAGUAUGAUGACGAACAAGAUCUACAGGAGCUGCAGAAGAACGAGUGGGAUCCAGUGAUUGACUGGUUCAAUCAGCGUUUCGAGACGAAUCUACAGAAAACGAUGAACAUAACGGCGCCCCACAUAACCGAUGCCGAUAAGGUGAAGGUGGCAAAACAUUUUCAAUCCUACAGCUUGGAUACACUGCACGGCUUUGUGUAUGCUGUGGAUACUUUGAAAUCGAUUGUGCUGGCCUGUGCCGUCAUAGAGCAAAUGUUGCCCGUGGAAAAGGCCGUGGCACUGGCCCGCCUGGAGGAGGAGUAUCAGAUCAAGUUCUGGGGACGCGUCGAGUGGUCGCACGAUCUGAGCCAGCAGGAGCUGCAGGCGCGUCUGGCGGCAUCCGUGCUCUUUGUCCAUCUCAACUGCUCCGAGAAUUUUGUUAAGGAAAAGUUGAUUCUAUAAAUCGGAGUAAACCAUU